GGUUCAGUUAUGAGGAGGCACAGUGUGAAGAAACAGCUCUGUGAUUUUCAUUCUGGUGUUAACAGGGUGCUCUGAGCCUGAAAGGUUGUAAAGGUGGAGUCAGCAGAUGCACAGAAAGGCCCCAGUAAAGCCGGUGAUUGUACAACUUUGUCUCGUAAAUCACAUGCCUGACAUGGACUUUGAGCCGCCGGGACGUGUUGUCGUCUGACGGAGGAGAACGAUGACCGAGCACCUGCUGAAAAUCCUGGUCGUCGGUGACGGAAACGUCGGCAAAUCUUCCUUUGUGCAUCGCUACGUCAACGGACAAUUCAACCAGACGUACAAGAUGACAGUUGGAGUGGAGUUUUCGGUGAAGGUGCUGCAGUGGUCAGAUAAAGAAAAAGUGCGACUGCAGCUGUGGGACAUCGCAGGUCAGGAGCGUUUCAUUUCCAUGACCAGGAUCUACUACAAGGGCGCGAUGGGCUGCGUCGUGAUGUUUGACGUCACCAGCUCAUCCAGUUUCCUCAGCUGUCGCCACUGGAAACAGGACCUGGACAACAAAGCCAUGCUGCCCAACGGAGAGUCCAUCCCCUGCAUCCUGCUGGCCAACAAGUGUGACCUACCUCAGCGGGUCGUCUCAGCAGACAGCAUCGACAGGUUCAGUCAGGCCCACGGCUUCAUCGCAUGGAUGGAGAUUUCGGUAAAGGACAACAAGAACGUUGGAGAGGCGAUGAGGACGCUGGUGCAGAACAUUUUGUCGGUUCAGUCGAGUCUGGACCCGCCUCAGCCGGGCCCUGAAGACAACAUUUGUCAACUGGACUCAGAGUGCAACAGCCGAGGGGAGAGCUGCUGCUGAAUCACCGUCUGAACGAUGAAACGACGAUCCCAGAGCGCCACCUCCGCUAACUCAGCCCUCAUCAACACACAGCGCAGCAGAAGCUCUCCUCGUGCUGUCCGACUGACCGACUGACUAACUGGUGAUGUGGAGAGGCAGACAGUGAUGACAGGGAGGAGAAAGAGGGAGGCAUGAGGAGAAGCAGAAGGAGCAGAGGGAAGGUGUGUGUAUGCUUAAUUUAAUGGAUGUCCUCUCGGUGUGAGAACGUGGUGUGCAGUGUGCUCGGUGCGGCCGCCAAGCCACCUCCUCCGGCAGGCUGAGUCAGUCAGACACAUGGCGUCCGUGUGCUAACGAGGUGUGAGCGUAUAUGCCAGUACGACAAGUGGUGUGUGGGUGCUGCUGUGUUUGUUUCAUGCGUAUUUCUGUGUGUCGGAUGAAGGCACAUGACUGUCCAUGUGCAAUGUGCCUGGAGACGUCAGGAGCUCACACACAUCCUGUCAGCGCUCUGCCUCUGAUUUGUCAACAUGAAUUCAAUCUUUUUAGGUCUUCAUUAUAGACAGAAACACACCAAUUGUCAUUUAAAUGAAACACAAGGCAGUCUGUCAGACCGAUAUGUUGUAGACUUGGAGUUGGAGUGAUUAGAAGUGAUGAGUCUUGUAGUCCACAAAACAUUUCUGGAGCUUCGUAGCAGGACAGUGUAGCAGCAUUCUUACUUUAUUUACAUUUUACUUCUACUCCACUACAUCCGAGUCUUUUCAGAUUAGAAUAAUAAGAUAAGAAUUUAGAUUUUUUUUUAGUUUGAAUUGUUCCUGCAUGUGUUGUUCAAAUAAUACUUCCUCCUUAAACUGAAUAAAAUAUUUGAAAACCUUC